CAACAUGCCUCCCAAGAAGAAGGUCGAGCGCGCUCCCCAGGAGAACAUCCAGCUUGGACCCCAGGUCCGCGAGGGCGAGCUGGUCUUCGGCGUUGCCCGUAUCUUCGCCUCCUUCAACGACACCUUCGUGCACAUCACUGAUCUGUCGGGUCGCGAAACCAUCUCCCGUGUCACCGGUGGCAUGAAGGUCAAGGCUGACCGUGACGAGUCUUCUCCCUACGCUGCCAUGUUGGCGGCUCAGGACGUCGCUGCUCGUUGCAAGGAGCUCGGCAUCUCUGCCCUCCACGUCAAGAUCCGCGCCACUGGUGGUAACGGCACCAAGACUCCCGGCCCCGGUGCCCAGUCCGCUCUCCGCGCCCUUGCCCGUGCCGGUAUGCGCAUUGGACGUAUCGAGGAUGUGACUCCUACCCCCUCCGACUCUACCCGGAGAAAGGGUGGUCGCCGUGGUCGCCGUCUCUGAGCGUGUGCGGGGAUAUAUUGGGGCUUUGGGAAGUUGUGGAGGAGUAC